UUACAAUACGCUUAAAGAAGUCGGAGUCCCGAGUGAUAUGGAUAACAGCCAUAUGUUGUCUAUAAUAGAGCAGAAAAUGUGCAUUGAUGAUAGAAAAGUCUGGGCGAGAGAGCUGGAACGCGAAAACAAAACAGCCACACUGCAUGCGCUUUUAACCUGGAUGACAACGGAAAUGAAAUCGCGCAUGCGCGCCACAGCGCCUCUACGAGCGAGCGUAAGCCAGCGGUCUAUUCAUUACGUCGCGAUGGAAACUUCAAAGUCUACCUUCAUACAGCCUGAAGUGAGCGCUGAUAGCAAGACAAGACACAARUGCUGGUACUGUAARAAUUCUGACCAUUGGCCUGAUCARUGUUCCAGUUUUGCCAGACUCAAAGUUGAUGAACGCCUGAAAGUAGCCAAAGAGAAUCAUGUUUGUUUCAGCUGCCUUAAACAAGCUGGACGAGAUCAUCGAGCAUCAAACUGUAACAGGCGAAAGAAGUGCGCAAAAUCGGAGAACGGUCAAGAGUGCUCCAAAUACCAUCAUACACUGCUKCAUCAGACAAGUUCCCCGUCCGUGGGUGUAGCAUCGGUUGGUGAUACCGGUCCUGUUCUACCCGUAGUGACCGCUGUUAUUGUCGGAGCUAAUGGAUUAAGAAAAAACGGAAACGUUCUCUUGGAUUCAGGAGCACAGCUAAGCCUUAUUCGCAACGAAASAGCAGACCUUCUAGGUCUGACUGGCAAAGAUACAACCAUCAGCAUAACAAAAGUCGGUGGGGAGGAAGAAGUCUUUCCAACCAAGGUCUACAGAGUUCCAAUCAUCGCUGUUGGCAGUACCAAACCAUUGUCAGUUAAGGCAAUUGGCAUACCGAAGAUUAGCGAAUCCGUUAAACCAGUACAGCUCAAGCCAAUCCUCAAACAACUUGGCCUUGAGAAAGAGUCAGUCCAUCGUGGCAAAGGUUUUAUUGAUGUGUUAAUUGGCGUCGACCACGCCCAAUUCCACACCGGCGAGACAAAACGCGAAGGUGACCUAGUCGCACGGAAAUGUCCACUUGGAUGGGUUAUCUUUGGAGGAACUCCGGGAGAAGCCCAAGAUGAAACYCGUUUUUGCCAUGCUCUGCUCAGUAGCCCCGUUGAUUCAGUCGAUCUGACAGAUUUCUGGAAGACGGAGACCAUGGGAGUUGCCGUGAAACCAUGCAACUGCAGGCCAGACAAGCUYUCGCAAGUGGAAAGGGAGGAAGCGAAAGUCAUUGAAGACUCCUGUGUAUUAAAGAAUAAUCAAUGGACGAUCCCCUACCCCUGGAAAAAGGAUCCCAAACUCCUACCAGACAACAAGAACGUGGCAAUUAAACGCYUAGAGUCUACUGAGCGCCGACUGAAGCAGAAUCAGGAGCACGCAAGUGCUUAUUGUAAGCAAAUGGAUGAGCUGCAAGAGAUGGGAUUUGCGCGUAAGCUGACGAAAGAAGAGAUCCAGUCCUACGAUGGACCAGUACAUUACAUACCGCACCAUGCAGUUGUAAGACCAGRAAAUAAAAGUACACCUGUCCGCAUUGUGUUCAACGCAUCAUCUAAUUAUCAAGGACAUGUUUUGAAUGACUACUGGAUGAAAGGUCCAGAUUUGUUGAACAACUUGUUUGGCGUGAUUUUGCGUUUUAGAGAAAAGGAAGUAGCGUUAGUCGGAGAUAUAUCCAAGAUGUACCAUCGUAUUCUAAUUCCAGAGGAAGACCAGCAUGUUCAUAGGUAUUUGUGGAGGAACCUAGAGACAAACAGAGAGCCGGACGUGUACGUCAAGAAAGUGCUAACCUUUGGAGAUAAACCAGCCCCAGCGAUGGCACAGAUAGCGUUGAGGAAAACAGCAGACGAAAGCAGAAGCUCUACUCCUGAGGCAGCUGAGGUAUUGUUAAACGAUGUUUACAUGGACGACAUAUGCCACUCCACUGACACAGACAAAGACGCACAAAAGCUAGCGAAAGAUCUUGACGACGCCUUAGCAAAGGGAGGAUUCAGUGUAAAGGGUUGGAUGUCUAACAAGCCAAUAGACAAAGAUCAGGAMGGAAGAGAGAAAAAGAGCAUGUUCUACGCCGAACAAGAAAAGGUGUUAGGAAUCAACUGGAACAGCAAGACUGACAAACUGUCUCUCAAGAUCAAACCAGAUCUCCUUAAGAAAUCGUCAACAGAAUUAGAGCUAAUCAAAGAUGUAAAGCUGACAAAGAGAAUGGUUUUAAGUACUGUUGCGCAGAUCUAUGAUCCACUCGGAUUUGCCUCUGCAUUCACCAUAAACGCAAAGAUCCUAAUGCAAGAAUUGUGGAAGUCGGGAGUAGGCUGGGAUGAGGAACUUCCUCAAACAUCAAAGAAGGAAUGGCUUGCCUACCUCAACGAGAUGAAAGAGCUUGAAGAGAUCAGUUUUCCCAGAUGUCUAUUAACAAAGGGCGCAGUAAACCCACCUCAGCUAUGUAUAUUUYCAGAUGCAUCCAACAAAGCCUUCGGAGCUUGCGCCUACGUCAGAAAGAUGAUUCAAGAUGGAAAGUAUGAAGUAAAGUUCAUUGCAGCCAAGUCUCGAGUUGCACCACUCAAGCAGCUAACUAUUCCAAGGCUGGAACUGCAGGCAGCUGUGCUAGCAUCUCGACUGGCAAGGACUAUCUUAGAAGAGUCUAGAAUCCAUUUUCAAGAUAACCGGUUCUUCACAGACAGCGCCAUUGUUCUCUCCUGGAUAAGAAGUUGUUCCAGGAAUUUUAAGCCAUUUCUGUCAGCGCGAAUAGGAGAGAUACAAAGCAAUUCCGAGCCCACGCAAUGGAGACAUAUCCCAGGAGAAGAAAAUGUCGCCGAUGAUCUUUCUCGUGGAAUACAUGUACAAGAGCUCAAUGAUAGAUGGUCAAAGGGACCYGARUUUCUUCAGCUUCCAGAAAAGGAUUGGCCAAGAAGCGCCAACAUCGAAGUAGACGUAAAGGAGGACGAAGCAGAGCGUCUCAAGACAAGAGCCGUGUUGAUAGCUACAGCAGGGAAACC